CCUUCGACACUGCAUGAGUCGACUCACAGCUCAUCGCAAACAGGAAUUGGUACGCGUCUAUGACUCCGCUUCAUCGUUCUUGCCAUUGCACCUUCCAAAAACAGCACCUCAACGCGUAGACUGCAGGGCGCCUCAGCCGACCAUAGGGAUUCGCCAGACAUCUCCAAUUGAGCCUGAGGAUGACGGGAGUGCGUAACGUGAUUCUAGAAGUUGAGACCAAGCGAGUAUAAGUAGAGCACAGCGUAGUAUUACAGUCUCAGCAGGCUACUGAGCAUCUCCAGGCUUCCUUUCGUGUACCUUCCUUCUCCUCACACAAUCACCACCAUGCCUUCCACCCAAGCUACAUCGUCUUCAUCCCGCCCACGGGUGAGAGAACUACUACCCACCGUAUAUCUUGGGCGCUAUGAGCCUGGCCCAAAGAACAGUUUGACAGAUGUUGCUGGUGUGCUGGUCUCAACACAGUCCGUCCACGAAUCUCCCACAUAUCCAGACGCACCAGCCGGCUCUAUCAACACCGGCGUGACAACUAUCCUCCCUCGCCAAGACUGGUUCCAUAAGGCUUGCUUUGCUGGAAUCUUCCGCUUCAAUGGCUCGGGCGAGAUGACUGGCUCGCAUUGGAUCGAAGAGACGGGGCUGCUUCAUUCACCCAUUGUGAUCACCGGCAGCUUCGGCGUAGGCAAUGCGUACAACGGUAUCUACGAGUACGGGAUACGGGAGUACCGUGACGACGUCGGAAAGGUGGGCUGGUUUCUGCUCCCCGUUGUUGCAGAGACGUUCGACGGAUACCUGCACGACGUGUCCAAGUUUGCGGUCACAUCUCAGCACGUGGUCAAGGGAAUCGACGAAGCGAGUAGUGAGCCUGUCCAGGAAGGUAACACUGGCGGCGGCACGGGAAUGAUCUGUCACUGGUUCAAGGGCGGCACAGGAUCUAGCAGCCGCUUGGUGCCAGCAGCGCACGACAGAACUUACACCGUCGCUGCUCUGGUCCAGACGAACUACGGUCCGAUGAGAGACUUCAAGAUCUCAGGCGCGCCAGUCGGCCGCCUGAUCUUCGAGGAGCAGGAGCGCCUGGCCAAAGAGAAUCCGCGCGAUCCAAAAUUUCUGUCGCAGUCCAACUUGCUGUUCAAGAUCGAACAAGAGAAAGACAAGCAAGACGGUAGCAUCAUUGUCAUUCUCGCAACCGAUGCACCGCUGCAUCCAACACAACUCCGCCGCCUCGCCAAACGAGCGACUGUCGGUCUAUCUCGUGUCGGCGGCUGGGGGUCCAACUCCUCGGGCGACAUCUUCCUCGCCUUCUCCACCGCAAACGAAGUUGAUGUUCAGCAGCACACAUCGACGUCGCAGAAAGUGGACCCCUGGAAGCCCUUGGAUCGCAGCAUCGAGAUGAUAGACGAUCAGACGAUCAAUGCGCUCUUCGAAGCGAGUGCAGACUCGGUCGAGGAAGCCAUCUUAAACGCCCUGUUCAAGGCUGAGACCAUGGAGGGGAACGGGAACAAGAUCGAUGCAUUGAAUCUAGACACUGUCCAGGAGCUGAUGGCGAAGUAUCUGUAGAUGUUGUCUGGCCGGCAUAGUCAG